GAGGGAUAUGGAAAUGCUUUAAAACAAAUGCUAACAGCAUCGUCGCAAACCAUAAAGAGUAUAUAAAAAUUCUUAUGGACAAUGGACUAUAUCUUUUAUCACAAACACAAUAAAUAAACAAUAUUGGCUUCUGGAGGACAUUUAAGUGAACUGAAUUUAGGUAGCACGCAUCAAACGCUGAAAAAAAUCUAUGGGAACGCAUGGUGGCGCUGCAGGACAACUUCUCCAGGAAAAAAAACCCCCAAAAAACCUAUGCUGCAUAUUGUUCGGGAACCUCGUUAUCCAGCGCAAAGAGAGCACUAGGAAGACAGAAAGAACAAGGCUUCAAGGGGCAGACUAGAAGCUAUUCCACAGGGUUAAAAGUACUCAGGCCUCCAAAGAUUCGGUGGACAUAUCAGGGGUACGUUUCCCAGACCUGGGAAACAGAGCUGAAGCGAAUCUGCCGGAAGCCUUUGGAAAAGGAGCCAUGGAGAACGGAGGGGCAGGCGCUCUGCGGAUAAGGCGAGUCAUGCUUCUCUUUGUUUUGCUGGAAAUGUCUCAGGCGGGCUCUGAAUCGAGGCGCUUUUCAGUACCAGAGGAAAUGCAGAGUGGGAGCUUUGUAGGCAAUGUGGCAAAAGACCUGGGACUGGAAGUGGGUGAGCUGUUCUCCAGGGGGGCUCGGGUGGUCUCUAAUGACAACAAACAGCGAUUGCAGUUGGACAUAAAUACGGGGGAUUUGUUCUUAAGCGAAGUACUAGACCGCGAGGAGCUCUGCGGCUCCACAGAGCCCUGCGUGCUGCAUUUCCAGAUACUAAUGAAAAACCCCUUGCAGUUUUUACGUUUUGAGCUCCAGGUCAGGGAUAUAAAUGACCACUCUCCCAUCUUCUUAGAAAAAGAAAUGCUCCUAAAAAUCCCAGAGAAUAGUCCUGUUGGUGCUGUUUUCUUGCUAGAAAGUGCGAAGGAUUUAGAUGUAGGAAUCAACACUCUAAAAAACUACACAAUAAGCUCCAACUCUCAUUUCCACAUUAAGAUGAGAGUCAAUCCAGAUAAUAGGAAAUACCCAGAGUUAGUUCUGGACAAGGCGCUGGAUUACGAAGAGCAGCCUGAACUCAGUUUCAUUCUUACUGCUCUGGAUGGUGGAUCUCCACCUAAGUCCGGGACUGCGUGCGUCCGGGUGGUGGUCGUGGAUACUAAUGACAACUCCCCUGAGUUUGCCCAGCCAUUUUAUGAAGUGAAGAUUCCAGAGGAUAGUUUAUUAGGCUCACCGGUUGUCACUGUCUCGGCUUGGGACUUAGACUCUGGGAAAAACGGAGAAAUAUCAUAUACAUUUUCCCAGGUUUCAGAAGACAUUCGCAAGACAUUUGAAAUUAAUCAAAAGUCUGGACAAGUUAGUUUAACUGCACCUUUGGAUUUUGAAACAAUUGAAUCAUAUUCAGUAAUCAUUCAAGCCACAGAUGGGGGAGGGCUUUUUGGAAAAUCAACACUGAAAAUUCAGGUGAUGGAUGUGAAUGACAAUGCUCCUGAACUGACCGUGUCAUCAAUUACCAGUCCAAUCCCGGAAAAUUCGCCAGAGACCGUGGUUAUGGUUUUUAGUAUCCGAGACAGAGACUCUGGAGUCAACGGGAGGAUAAUUUGCUCUAUUUCAGAAGACCUCCCGUUCAUACUAAAAUCCUCAGUUGAGAAUUACUACACGUUGGAAACGGAGAGCCCGCUGGACCGAGAGGAAAGAGCCGAGUACAACAUCACCAUCACCGUCUCCGACCUGGGGACCCCCCGGCGGCACACCCAGCACAACCUGACCGUGCGCGUGGCCGACGUCAACGACAACGCGCCCGCCUUCAGCCAGCCCGCCUACACCCUGCGCGUCCGCGAGAACAACAGCCCCGCCCUGCACAUCGGCACCGUCCGCGCCACCGACGCCGACGCGGGCGCCAACGCCCAGCUCACCUACUCGCUGCUGCCGCCCUCCGACCCGCACCUGCCCCUCGCCUCGCUCGUGGCCAUCAACCCCGACACCGGCCAGCUCUUCGCCCUGCGCGCCCUCGACUACGAGGCCCUGCGCGCCUUCGACUUCCAGGUGCGCGCCGCCGACCGCGGCGCGCCCGCGCUCAGCAGCCAGGCGCGGGUGCGCGUGCUCGUGGCCGACGCCAACGACCACGCGCCCGUCGUGCUCUACCCGCCGCAGAACGCCUCGGCGCCCUGCCCCGAGCUGCUGCCCCGGGCGGCCGAGCCGGGCUACCUGCUGGCCAAGGUGGUGGCGGUGGACGGCGACGCGGGCCAGAACGCCUGGCUGUCCUACCGCCUGCUGCAGGCCACCGAGCCCGGGCUCUUCGGCGUGGGCGCGCACAGCGGCGAGGUGCGCACGGCCCGCCCGCUGAGCGAGCGCGACGCGCCCCGGCAGCGGCUGCUGCUGCUGGUGCGGGACCACGGCGAGCCGCCGCUCUCGGCCAGCGUCGCGCUGCACGUGCUGCUGGUGGACGGCUUCUCGCAGCCCUACCUGCCGCCGCCCGAGGCCCCCGGCCGCGCGCCGGGCGCCGGCGCGGACGAGCCGCUCACCGUCUCGCUGGUGGGGGCGCUGGCGUGCGUGUCGGCGCUGCUGGUGGGGGCGCUGCUGGCCUUGGGGGCGGGGCGGCUGUGCCGGCGGGGCGGGGCGGCCUCGGCGGGGGGCGGCUCGGGGCCCGCGGAGGGCGGCGUCGCGGGCCAGCUGCUGGACGUGGGCGGCACGGGGACCCUGGCCCACGGCUACCGCUACGAGGUGUGCCUGGCGGGAGGUUCUGGAACGAAUGAGUUUAAAUUUCUGAAGCCGACUCUCCCUAAUCUUCCAGUUCAAGACACUGGUAGGAACAUAGGGGAAAAUGAGAACUUCAGGAACAGCCUUGGAUUCAACGUUCAAUAAAAGAACUACUUUGAGCUUCCAAAACUUUUAUUAUCCUCGGCAAACUGCAGAUCCCUUUGCCAAUCAAUCUCUAAUAGAUUUUUGGUUGGACUGUGGUUGCUUGUAUGCAUUAUCGUUUUUCAUGCUCGCCUCAUAGUUGUUUUAAAAAUCCUUUUUAGUGGUUAUAAUGACAAAAAAGGUUUUCUGAUUUUUCACUUAUUUGGUCAAAGUGUACUAUUAAGGGAGUUACUGCUGAUAAUUUGUUGUGAUAAUGCAUUACAUAAGACGAUGUUAUUUGGAGGUGCAAACUCAUGUAUUAAGAGCAAAGGCCACACUCCUAGACAUUUCAUGAAAGCACAGAUACAGCAAAAAGUAAAAAGUGUUAUUGCAUCUGGGUGGAUAAUAUAUUGGAUUUUUUUUUUUUUUUUUGGCC